AUAUAUAAAUAAAAUGAAACCCUUGAAAUGCAGUACUCCGCGCUUCAACAACUGUACCUACAACCCCUCCUUCCUUCUCUGCCUUCACCGUCUCUCGAACACACUAUAAAUACACACACACACACACACAACACACAGUCGAAAUUCUCCUCGAACCGCUGGCAGGAAAUCGGUGGUGUUCAAAUUGGAACUAUAAUUGGGGAAAUUCACAAACCCUACCCCUGUAAUUGCGCCACUAAUCAUAAUUAUUUUUUUCUUCUGCUUGGAUUAGUUGAAUAAAUUAUUGCCUAAUGGAGGCGGCUAGGGAUGCUGAACCUCCGGCGCAGCCCGAACCGGCGGCGGCGGAGGCGGCGGAACAGACGCAGGAGAAUCAAGAGGAGGAGGAGAGCGACCUUCUGAUGGCGAAAGCGCAGUCUUUGAUAGAUAAGAUCACUUCGAACCCCGAGAACCCUAGCCCCAACGUUCUCCAUGCUCUCUCCACUCUUAUCGAGGCUGAGGAAUCGAGAUAUAUGGAAGAUGCAGAUCACUCUUCGACAAAUAACGGCAGGUCCUCUCAUGACGUUGGACGACUUGGAAACCUUAUUCGGGAGAAUGAUGAAUUCUUUGAAUUGAUAUCUUCAAAGUUUUUAACUGAAAGCAGAUAUUCGGUAGCAGUACAAGCAGCUACUACACGGCUUCUUAUCAGUUGUUCGCUAACUUGGAUGUAUCCACAUGUAUUUGAAGAUGACGUCCUAGCUAACAUAAGAAGCUGGGUCAUGGAGGAAAUACCCAGGUCAUCUGGUGAUGAUCGCAACUCGAAGCAUGAUAUAGGGAAAAGGAAGACUUCAGCUGCUGAAAUGCUACACACAUACUCCACUGGUCUUCUUGCUGUAUGUUUGGCUUGCAGUGGUGGUCAACUAGUGGAAGAUGUGUUAACAUCUGGAUUAUCAUCCAAGAUAAUUCGAUAUCUGCGUAUUCGUGUUUUGGGUGACACAAACACAAACCAGAAAGAUGGAAAUGCUUUAAUUGAUAACAAAAGUGUAUCAAACAUGGUGGGCGCAAAAGUCAAAGAGGAAAGUAGGAGUAGGUUGCGACAAGUGAUGGACAGUUCUCAUAUGGAUGUAGACACUUUGAGAAACCAUCCAAGUGACGAGGAACCUCAUGAUAGUAUGUCUCUUGAGGUUGAUGCUAAUGAGGCGGAAGCAGACUUUGAAGAAAAAUCCCUUGUUAAAGAUUUUCUUGAGUCAAAAACAAAACCUUAUGGAAAAUCCCAGAGGGAUGAAGAUUUAGAUGAUAGUGUGAGAGAUGAUUCUUCCAGAAGAAGGGCAAAUCGUGGUUUUUCCAGAUCACGCGGAAAGAGGUCCGGUGAAGGCGCAUCUGAGAACGAGCAAGUUUUGACCUCUCCAAGUUCUGGCAGUAGGUCAGGACAGGCACGGAGUGUGAAAGACAGGAGUGUAACUAAAAAUCAGGAUACGAGAAGAGUUCAAGAUGCUAAAAAGGGCUUAUCUAUAAGCAAUGUUGAUUAUGUUAUCUCUGAAAGGGAGGACAAUGAUGAUUGCUUCCAAGAAUGCAAAAUUGGGUCCAAAGACAUAACUGAUUUGGUUAAAAAAGCAGUCAAAGCUGCUGAAGCGGAAGCAAGAGCAGCCAAUGCUCCUGCCAUAGCCAUAAAGGCAGCUGGUGAUGAUGCCGCUGAAGUGGUUAAGACAGCUGCAUUGGAGGAGUACAGAAAGACAAAUGAUGAAGAAGCUGCAGUGUUAGCUGCUUCAAGAGCCGCAUCCACAGUUAUAGAUGCUGCUAAUGCAGUUACUCUCUCGAGAAAUUCAAGCAAUGUUGAUGGAGAUUCAGAGAAUGCAAAACCUGCAGAGCUAGAAAUUAAUGAAGAUGUCACCGAAUUUGUCAUUCCGGACAGUCACUCUCUAGCAAAGCUGAGGGAGAAAUUCUGUAUUCAAUGUCUGGUGAUUUUGGGAGAGUAUGUCGAAGUUCUGGGUCCUGUACUCCAUGAGAAGGGAGUUGAUGUCUGCCUUGCACUAUUGCAGCGAAGCUUUAAGCAUAAAGAUGCAUCAAAUAUAAUGCCCAUUUUGCCUGAUAUUUUGAAGUUAAUUUGUGCAUUGGCUGCUCAUCGGAAGUUUGCUGCAUUAUUCGUGGAUCGCGGUGGCAUGCAGAGACUCCUUGGUGUUCCGAGAAAUGCCCAAACAUAUUUUGGUUUGUCCUCCUGCUUAUCUACAAUUGGUUCAAUUCAGGGGAUAAUGGAGCGUGUUUGUGCCCUUCCUUCAAAUGUAGUCCAUCAGGUUGUUGAGUUGGCUCUUCAACUUCUUGGGGUUCCGCAGGAUCAUCAAGCUAGAAAGAAUGCCGCUUUAUUCUUUGCUUCUGCUUUUGUCUUCCGAGCUGUCAUUGAUGCAUUUGAUGCACAGGAUGGUUUGCAGAAAAUACUUUCUCAUUUGCAUGAUGCUGCCUCUGUAAGAUCUGGUGUUCCUCCUGGGCCAUCAAAUAACUCUGGGUCUUUUCGAAAUGAUCGAUCCCCUGCAGAGGGGCUGACCUCUUCAGAGAAACAGAUAGCUUAUCACACGUGUAUAGCACUGCGGCAAUAUUUCAGAGCACAUCUCCUAUUGCUCAUGGAUUUAAUUCGACCCACAAGAAGCACUCGCAGUGCACCCCGAAACAUUUCAAGAGCAGCCUACAAGCCACUCGACAUAAGUAAUGAGGCUAUUGAUGCUGUAUUUCGUCUAAUACAGAGGGAUCGGAGACUUGGUCUGGCACUCGUGAGGACCCGUUGGGCUGUAGUUGACAGAUUCUUAAGUUCAAAUGGUCAUACAACCAUGUUGGAGUUGUGUCAGGCCCCGCCAGUUGAGCGUUAUUUGCAUGAUUUGCUUCAGUAUGCACUUGGUGUACUGCAUAUUGUCACUUUGGUUCCUUAUAGCCGCAAACCUAUUUUAACUGCUACGUUAAGCAAUGAUCGGGUUGGUAUAGCAGUCAUUUUGGAUGCAGCAAAUGGUGCUGGUUAUGUUGAACCGGAGAUUGUCGAGCCAGCACUGAACCUGUUGAUAAAUCUUGUUUGCCCUCCUCCAUCGAUCAGCAACAAACCAAUUCCCACCAUGCAAGGUCAACAAGCUUCCUCUAUCCAAACUGGAAAUUGUCCUCCAAUGGAGUCUAGGGACAGAAACACCGAAAGGAAUAUUCCAGAGCGAGCUGUCAACAUUCCUAGCCAGAAUGAACAAAGAGAGCGAAAUGGAGAACCUGCUUCUGUGGAUAGAGGUGGUCCUUACCAAGCAUCUGCAUCUACAGUGGCUUCUGGGUUAGUUGGAGAUCGGAGGAUAUCAUUGGGUGGAACAGGUUCUGCUGGGCUUGCUACACAGCUGGAACUAGGGUAUCAUCAAGCUAGAGAAGCUGUUCGAUCAAACAAUGGUAUCAAGGUUCUUCUCCAGCUUCUCCAACCACGUAUGGUAACGAUGCCUGCUGCUCUUGACCGUCUUCGUGCUCUGACAUGCCGAGUUCUUCUUGGUUUAGCCAGAGACGAUACUAUUGCACACAUAUUAACUAAACUUCAGGUGGCGAAAAAGCUAUCAGAACUUAUUCGAGAUUCUGGGACUCCUGGUGGGGAGCAAAAUAGGUGGCAGACAGAGCUCACCCCAGUUACUAUUGAGCUGAUUGGGGUUGUAACUAAUUCUGGACGGGCAAGUACCUUAGCAGCCAGCGAUGCUGCUACCCCGACUUUGAGGCGUAUAGAAAGAGCUGCCAUCGCUGCAGCUACUCCUAUUUCUUACGAUCCUAGGGAACUCCUGCUCCUGGUGCACGAACACCUUCAAGCAUCUGGUUUAGCAGUAGCCGCAGAUGCACUUCUCAAAGAUGCAAAUUUAACACCCUUGCCCUCUUUGGCUGCCCCAUCAUCGUUAGCACAUCAAGCUUCUCAACAGGAAUCUUCGUCAAUACAAAUGCAAUGGCCAUCUGGACGUGCCCCUUGUGGAUUCAUGACGGGCAAAUCAAAAGUUUCUUUUCAUCAGGAAGAUUCCAGCUUUAAAUGUGAUUCAGCUAUCUUGUCUUCGAAGAAGAAACCAUCAGCAUCUGCUAUGAAAUUUGGUGGCAAUAUGGGCAAAACAAAUAUUACCACACCAAAAAUUUCUAUUGCGGCAAAUACUGCAGGGACUCCAUUAGCAUCUGCUUCAAAAUCUGGUGGCAAUGUGGAAGUUCAGGCUAGAACUCCAAUAGCAAUGAAACGCAAAUUGACAGACAUGAAAGAGAGUGUGCCGCUCCCAUCAGCAAAAAGAAUUAACACUGGUGAGAACACACUUAAGUCUCCUAGUUUUACCACACCUAUUACUGUUCGUAGAAGCGGAAUACAGCCCGAUGCAAGCCAGUUCUGCACACCAACUUCUAAUAUACCGUCAUCUGAAAUCGACGAGAACCAAUUAAAUGGCCUGACUACUUCCACUCAACAUGGACUUUUCGGCGAUCCACAACCUUCUGUGCCUGAACGCCUUACCUUAGAUUCCAUUAUUGUUCAGUAUUUGAAGCACCAACAUCGCCAGUGCCCAGCUCCUAUUACAACCCUACCCCCUCUCUCACUCUUGCAGCCUCACGUUUGCCCCGAACCAAGAAGAAGCCUCGAUGCUCCAUCAAAUGUUACGUCUCGGCUCAGCACACGUGAAUUUAAAACUAUGCACGGUGGAAUCCAUGGACAUCGUAAAGAUCGUCAAUUUGUUUACAGUAGAUUCAGGCCAUGGCGAACUUGCCGAGAUGACAAUAGUACCCUUCUAACAUGCAUUGCUUUCCUUGGAGAUCCUUCUCGGAUUGCUGCCGGUGGCCACACUGGGGAGCUUAAAGUGUUCGACUCUAACAGCAACAAUGUGCUGGAGAGUUGCACCAGUCACCAAUCUCCACUUACACUUCUGCAGUCACACUUCUCUGGUGAUACGCAACUUUUUCUUUCUUCGAGUUCUAUGGAUGUUCGCUUAUGGGAUGCAUCGUCGAUUUCUGCUGGUCCUAAGCACUCGUUUGAGGGAAUCAAAACCGCAAGAUUCAGUAAUUCUGGUGCAAUGUUUGCAGCAUUACGAGCAGAUCCGCCCCGCAGAGAGAUUCUUUUGUACGAUAUUCAUACGUGCCAGCUGGAUCGGACGCUGACAGAUACAUCUAACAACGUUUCUGGCCGUGGCAUGCAAUAUUCUCAUGUUCACUUUAGCCCGUCAGACUCUAUGCUGCUCUGGAAUGGAGUUUUGUGGGAUCAUAGGGUUCCGGUUCCAGUGCAUCGGUUCGACCAAUUUACCGACUAUGGUGGCGGCGGCUUUCAUCCUGCUGGGAAUGAGGUGAUAAUAAACUCUGAGGUUUGGGAUCUUCGGAACUAUAGACUCCUUCGAAGUGUGCCAUCUUUGGAUCAAACAGUAAUAACAUUCAAUGCGAGCGGUGAUGUUAUUUAUGCAAUUCUGAGGAGGAAUCUGGAGGAUGUAACUUCGGCAUUCAACACGCGUCGUGUGAAGCAUCCUCUCUUUUCGGCUUUUCGCACAGUGGAUGCCGUUAAUUAUUCCGACAUUGCCACAACUCCCGUUGACCGUUGUGUGCUUGACUUUGCAACGGAACCCACCGAUUCUUUCGUGGGUUUGAUCACAAUGGACGACCAGGAUGAAAUGUACUCGUCCGCUAGGGUUUACGAGAUCGGUAGGCGCAAGCCGACAGAUGACGACUCCGACCCUGAUGAUGCGGAGAGUGAGGAGGAAGAAGACGAAGGUGAUGACGACGAUGACGAUGAUGACGAUGCGAUUUUGGAGGCGGCUUUUAACGGUGAUGGUGAUUCAGAUGGUGAUGACAUGAGCCAUGACGAUGACGACGACGCGAGCGAUUUUGAUGAGGACGACGAGGAUGAUGACGUGGACUUCAUAAUGGACGACGUGGAUUUUGACGGUGGUGGCAUUUUGGAGAUUGUUACGGAAGGUGAGGAGGAAGAUGAAGAUGAUGACGACGACGACAGUGAUGUCAUUGAAUCUUACAGUAGUGGGGAUGACGGAGCUUAUAUGUGAUGGGGAAUGCGGUGUUGGUCGGGUUUUUGGUUUUUGUUUUUGUUUUUGAAAGCACGUCUCUGGAGAAUAAAGACGGUGUUUCUUUUUUAUAAUCUUGAAAUCGGUGGAAGAAGAGGCAGAUGAAUGAGUUGUAAGGUUAUAUAGCUAUAGCAAAGAUGAGAUGUAAUUAUAGGUUAGUGGUUAUCAAAUUGGCAUUGCUAGGGGAAGAAGAGAGAGUUGAGAUUUUUUUUUAUAGAAAUGUUGGCUUUGGUAUUCAAAUUCAAAUUUUGUUUCAUGA